AUGUAUCGAUCCUUUCUACGUUCUAGACCUCCUCGCCUUACAAUUGGUCCUGUAAAGAUGAACUUUCUUUGGAAGAGUGUGUCGACGACGGUGACUUCGAACGGGCCUGUGAAACCGGUGGACGAUAUCCGGAAUGUGCGCGAGCUGGACCGACUAUUGGAGCUCGUCCGGGACCGCUCUGACCCAGCGUUGAGAUCGACAAUGCCAACGCGUUCUCCCCAGCUCUGGACAGAAUCUCUCCGAUCUGGGUCUUCUAGGACACAAGUAGAGGCUCCUGAAAAGAGAGAAACGUCCUCUGAACUGCCGGCUCGGCCCAUGCAUUAUUCCUACUCCGAGUUUGUAUUGCCCUUUAGCAGUGAUCCCGCUGUGUUGGAACAAUAUACGAAUGCACGUGGGGGGAUUCGAACUGGGAAACUGAUGGAAGACCUUGAUGCUUUAGCGGGAGGUGUGGCUUAUAAGCAUCUUAUGGAACGGGGCGUCACUCAAAUCAAGGGGAGCAUCAACGACCGUGGCUUCUAUGUCGUGACGGCUGCUGUCGAACGCUUAGAUAUGCUGCAUCCGCUGACUCCUUCAAACGUCAAGGAUAUACGGUUGAGUGGACAGGUUAUUUAUACUGGUCGAAGCUCUAUGGAAGUCGUUGUAAAGAUGGAGGCUUUGGGCCGAGAUAAUGCGGAGGAGACAAUCAUGCUUGGCCGGUUCACAAUGGUUUGUCUCGAUGCGUUUACUCACAAGGCUCGGCCAGUGAAUGGACUCAUCCCAAUGACGGAAGAUGAGAAGAAGUUAUAUGCGAUGGGAGAAGCACUAAAGGAACGAAGGCAGACUCGGGGGCAGCAAUCCCUCGACAAGAAACCACCAACCUCGGAGGAAGCAGCUCUUUUGCAUCAUCUGUAUCUCAAGUAUGGCAACGGGACAAAAAAUAGCGACGGACUCCAACCCGUACCGAUCAGCGAGACUUUGUUGGAGAACACGAUGCAAAUGUAUCCUCAACAACGAAAUAUUCAGAGCAAGGUUUUUGGAGGCUAUUUGAUGCGCCUUGCAUAUGAACUUGGGUACUCGAAUGCCGCCAUCUUCACUAGAGGAGUGCUACGUUUUAUGUCGUUGGACGAAAUCACCUUCAAGCAUCCAGUGCCCAUUGGAUCCGUCCUUCGACUACGAUCAAGAAUUGUUCACACCGUUUCGAAUGCACCAAGUUCUCAUGUCGUGGUUAGUGCGUCUGUCAUCGACGACCAGACAGGCGACGAGCGUGUCACGAACGAGUUCAAGUUUACAUGGGGCUCUCCUGACCGAAGCUUUAGCCGGACAGUCAUACCCAGGACGUAUGAGGAGGCUAUGCAGUGGGUCGAUGCUACGAGAGCUUUAAAGGUUGGCACAGAGAUUCGGGGAAUGCUUGCCGGCUCGUAG